UCGCACUCGGCUGCUCAUCAGCAGCUACUCGCAGAUUACGCCUUCGCGUUGCACCUGGGCCUCGCUACUGCUGCUACAGACAACUGUGGGACACCCCUGCAGCACGGCACUGCACGCGACAAAGUCGCUGAGCCGAAAAUAGCGCGGGAGGCGAACCUGCAAACAAAAAGUCAGGGAGAGGACCUGCUACAAAAUCAACGCCGUCGGCGCAAGAUCCAGCCAGAAGACCGGAAAAGAACGCCGCCGGGGAGAGCGAAGCCAAACAGAGCCGAGCAAAGAUGCUGGGCCCGAGCGGCGAGUUCGUCGAGUUGCGCGUUUCCGGCGUCCCCUGUCUUCGAAGCGACGCGCCCGAGGCGCACCUCACACAGGCACGAGCUGCCCUUCAACAUCAUGUGGGCGAGAUUAAAGCAGGUCGGCUGGACCUGGAAGCAGGGCUCCGGCCUCCACCCCUACUCGUACUUCCGGCCGGGCGCGAACACGUCGCUCCGCAAGGGCGCGCUCGAGGGCCGGGACUACUUCUCGACGGAGGCGGCGGUCGUCCAGUUCGUCAAGUCGCGGCGGAUCAACGGCCUCCGGGGCAGGAUCGGCGCCGUGGGCGAGGACACGCGGCGGCGAGCCGCAGAGGAUGACGCGGCGCUCGAGGCGGCGCGCGAGCGGGAGCGCGCGGGGCGCCGGACGUACCGCCUCGUCUACGGCGGGCGCUUCGGCGCGUGGCCCGUGCUGUCGGGCCGGGAUUUGAGAUCCGCACCCCUCACGGACUUAAGGGAGGGCGACGGCGCGGUGGCGCCGGGCGGCGCGGCGACGCCGCGGGGAGGGUGGGUCCACGUCGUGGCCUGUGUGGAAAUCAACCAGUGUGGCGGGUGCGUCGUCGAUGGCGUGGAGGUCGACGCGAACGCGCCGUAAAUUCUGAUUUCCACACAGGUCGUCGCCGUCAAGCGCGCCGACGGGACCGAGGAGGAGCUCGCGCGGGCGGGCUUCUGCCGCCUCGACGCGACGGACGACGGGCGGCGCCAGCUCUACCAGGACGGCGAGCAGCCGCGGGCCGGCGUCGUGCGCGUGUCCGCGGCGCUGCUCCAGCGCUGCGAGGCCGCGGCCGACGACGCUGCCCGCGCGGCCGUUGCGCGCGAGCUCUCGGGCCCGCGCUGCGGCUUCGACGCUGCGCGCGCGGGCCUAUUUUUGGAGGCGCUGGCGGCGCGCGCGCGGCGCGCGCAAAUCGCGGCGUCGCCGGCGCCGGCGCCGAGCGUGCCCCCGGUGCCAAAAACCCCUGCGGCGCCGACGGGCAGCUCCAUCCAGCCGUCGCGGUCUUACGUGCACGCGCCCUUCGCCAACCCCCGCGCCAAGUCCUGCUGGCUCUCGUGCGCGUUUCAAGUAUUGUGGCACUCGCGUGCGUGGCACACGUGCUUCGAGGCGGCCCUGGAGGCGGGCGCGCUCGAGACCAGUGAAUGGGACACGCCCGGCGCGCCGAAGAUCGAGGCCCUCGUGGACACGUGGCGCGAGUACCGCCAGACGCUCGCGUCGCACGCGCCGCCGCCGCCGAAGAAGGCUAGAAUCGGGGCCUCGGUGGACACGGUGCCCGACCUCGACCAGGCGGACAGCGUCUCGCCGGCGCGGCUGGCCGAGGCCUUCGCGCCCGAGGGCGACCGCCACGGCUUCGGCGACACGAGCGACGCGCUCUCGGCCGUGCAGCGGGCGCUGGACCACCCGAAUGUCCCGUCGCAAGCGCGCUGCCUCUCCGAUUUGUACCGCAUCCAGCCCGUGCCCUGGGGCGACGGCAUCGACACGGCGCGGGUCCAGGCAUUAUUGGUGCACGCCCUGGCGACGCCGCUCGCCGCCGCGCCCGAGACGCCGCGGCCCGGUGCGCCGGCACGGCCGCGGCGGGGACGGUCCACGGGCGCCGCCACGGUGACACCGCCGCCGGUCGUUCGGGCCGGGGCGUCCAUCAUCGCCCUCGACCUCGCCUGGCCGCCGACGCGCGACGCGGCUCGGAUCGAGGCGCUCGCACGCGCCUUCACACCGCAGCCCGACGCGCCCAUCGCCCUCUACGCGCUCGUCUGCUACUGCCACCGGCUUCAGCACUACGUAGCCUACGUCAAGCGGCAGACGAGCGACGCGUUCCUCUUUUUCAACGACCUGCCGCACCUGUCCGGCGGCGCGCGGCCGAGCCGCGGGUCCAAGAGCAAGUAUGCAAACGCUGCGUCCGACGGGCCGCCGGAAAUGCGGGCCGCCGUCACGUGGGACGAGGCGGUGCGGACGUGCGGGAGGCAACACCUCCAGCCGCGGCUCGUGCUCUAUGAAGACGCCUCCCACCCCUCCGUCGCGCGGGCGCUGGACGCCAUCGGCGGGCGCAAGUAGUGUACUUAACUAUCUAUAAAGACU